CCCCUUUGAAGUACGACCCUGAUGGUAGUUGCCAUGUAGCAUAGCAGAUGUAGCCUAGCAUCAGCUGGUCUUUGUUUUCUCAUCUAAAGUGUGCCAACCGAAUGGACUUUAAUGAUGCUCCAGCCCUCCAGGCUGGACCAUCUGGCCUCUGCUGUCUGCUCCCUGUCUGGGUAUUUAGUGGGCCGGUUCAAUCUGGCCGUCGCUGACCAUCGCAUCCAGAUGUGAGGAGGGUGGUGAAAAACUGAGUUCUUAUUAAACGGAUCCAAUGAAGAAAUGGUGGCAAUAACCAACACGAGGAGAACUGUUUAGGACCAGAAAAUUUAAUGAUCAGAUAACAGCAAACAAAUGUUUCUUCUGAGAGCUACACCUUAGCACCUAUGACUGUCACUGUCCCUAUUUAAUAAAAAAUAAACAGUUAGAAUAGCACUAGCACAAUUAGUUACAAAUUAUUACCUUUAUGGGCAUUGCUUGAUCAAAUUCCUGGAAAAUAAUAUCUAGGUUUCUUAUUAAAAUCUACAGUGCAUCAGCAAAAUCACAAACUGCCAAUAAGUCCCAAAUCAUGAAAUAGUCAUUGUGCUGCUUUUGCCAGCCUGCCAGGCAGCCAGGUCACCAUGGAAUUGAACUUGGACAAGCUCCAGGAAUACCUUGAAGAGCUUAAUCAUCUUAAGACUCAUGGAACCAAGACUGUAAUGUUAGAUGAUGUUCUGGAUGCAGAAAUUCAUUGCAUUGGAAAUAAAAUCAAGGCUCUUACAUUGGAAAAGAAGCAGCAAGAGUUGUUGGCCAGCAGUGCCAAAAUGCAGGAGGCACUGAGAGAAGCAAGCAAAUUGCCGCUCAGGGAGCAACUAGAGAAGCAGAUUGUGGCUAUACGGGAUGAGGCUGAUAGCAUUUCCAUUGAGUUGGCAGGCAUGGGACUCCCCAGUGAUGAAGUCAAGAAGAGACUUUGUGAAUGUGAGGAGCUAAUUUCCCUCAUCACCUGCAAGCUUGAGACUGCCAUAAAAUCCAACACAGCAGACAAUGUUUCUCUUGCUGGCCUGCCCAUCACCAGUGUUGCAAUUCAGGAUUGGGAUCAAACUGAAAAGUUUGUCAAGCUGUACCUUGACAUGCCGGGUGUUGAUGCCACUCGCAUAUUGAAUGCGUGGUGCACAUUCAAGGAGCGGCACUUGAGUGUCUUGGUGCCAGACGUCAAUGGCCAGAACUAUCACUUCAGUCUACGGGACCUAAGCAAUGACAUCAACCCAAAGCAGAGCAAAUUGAUUUACAAUAAUGUAUGCGGUGUUCUGCUCCUGAAGAAGAAGUGUGAGCAGAAGCGCUGGCGGGACCUGACCGCGGCCGCCGGGACUGAGAGGCGGUCUGCUGAGCUUGCCUUGUCUCUCAUGCUCGACAAGUACAGGCAGAUGGACGAAGCCUUCACCAUUCUGAAGACGAAUCCCCCCAAUGAUGUCAAGGCAAAGAUCAACGCUCUUGGUUUCUACGCCGUUGGUGACGGAGCGUUCAUCGCUACGAUGCUGGAGUGCAUUGAGGUUCAUCCGCCCACGGUGGCUCUGGUGAACUUGCGCUCAUGCCGCUCUACGCCAUUCGCUGUCUUCACAAACGCCGUAAAAGUCUUGGCAGAAUACGACUGCUACAUCAGCUUGGCUAAUGUCGAAUACAUGCACUCAACGGAGCUUCAGAGCGACGACUUCCUCGUUGGUCUGCUCGAUCGAAAGCCCGGGACUCUGGCGACAUUCACGGGCAGGCUGAGUGAUGACAGCAUCAACCGCCUGCCUCGUGUGAUGCUGCAGCUGAAGCUCUACGUGUCGUGCGCACGGCAGCUUGACGUCAUUGACGCCAUGCCCACCCGCGUCAGCAACCUCCAUCUGCGCAUCGCCCUCAACGUAGACCUGGAUGGCGUGAAGCCUCUCCGUGCCCGAGUGCUGGACCAUCCCCUGACACUCGCCUUCUUCGGUGUCGCAGACCAGCACCUCGACUGGCUCCUCUCAGCCAUAAAUAAGCUUAGGCGCUGCAGUUCCCUGCACGGUAGCAUGGAUGUCAGCACCGAGAGAAGGCUGCACCUGAUGGCCUGUCGCCUCACGCCGUCCGCACAUUACCGUCUGUGCCUCGCGCUUCCUGCAGACAUCGUGGAGGUCGCCAUCGAGGAUAACUCCCUCAAUCCCCUCUGCUUUGCCACUGUUUAUACGACCUACAAGACCCGCGGCUGCAAGUUGUAUUACAACCUCAUCGCUGAUCCUGCGAACGUUGAUGUGCCCAUUGCCAUGGACUGGUUUGCUUAGUAUCAACGCAAACGCUGAGAGAAACAGGAUUACGAGAAAAAGAUUUUUCACCUCGGAUGUUCCAAUAAACCGACCGAUGGUUGUCAAGAUGAGUUGUCUUGUUUUCGGUUGUCAAUGUUCAGUUUUGUUAGCUUGGAAUUUGAAUAUUACAAUAUUACAUGCUAUAUAAGUGCAACGCUAGUCUUGCAAUGCCAUAUAUCUGCGCAUUAUGGUCUUCUAAGAAUUUUUUGUUACGCAACUAAACGUUACCUUACUAUGCUACUAUCUCAUCACCAUCACCUGACGCUCGUGUGUCAAGUGAUACUUCAACAAUGUGAUCUCACGAGUGCCUCAACUGCUGCCAUUGUUGAGGUAGCCAUUAUUUUUGGAGUGCCUUGAUUUCGGCCAGCAAGUGAUUUAUGCAGAAGAUUUUUUUCGUUUACAUUCUUGUCAGAAUUCAGAAGAUUGUCUUUGAAACUAUGAAUUACGUUCGAUUUUUGUUAAAUAUAAUUUUGCAAGAGGACAGGCAAAGCGUAACUCAAGCGUUGUUGAGUUGUGUAGGAGGGCAGGCAGGAUCUGAAGAGUUGAGUUGUGUAGGAGGGCAGGCAGGAUCUGAAGAGUUGAGUUGUGUAGGAGGGCAGGCAGGAUCUGAAGAGUUGAGUUGUGUAGGAGGGCAGGCAGGAUCUUAAGAGUUGAGUUGUGUAGGAGGGCAGGCAGUUCUCCGUCUCUUGCCUGUCCCUUAUUCGAAUUUUACCAGCAUCACACCUAUCUUAUGCCUGCCACAUCUGAGCCUUUUACCCGUCUUAUCGAAAACGAAUCAGUUUUCAUUGCAUAAGUUUGAGGCGUUCUGAACAGAUGAAAUUUUUAUUGAGAAAUUUAAAUUUUUUAAUUUCUCAGUUGAUAUAUUUUUAUUUUCCGGACGCAUUAGUAAAACUCGUUUUCUACUUGCAUCUCCCUCUUGGACUUGCAUCUCCUCUUGGUGACGUAUGCUGACUUGGAUUAGUAAUCUGGUCUGAGAGGUUCAUAGAAAACUGGGAAUUGCUUUAAAAUACUGAUUUAAGCUCCAAUGUCAAAUCUGCAUAGCGGAUUGCCGAGUUGAUGUUUCAAGUUCAAAAUUUUUAAAGAAUCGUUUAUUCGCUAGUCAAUUUUUUUCUUGUGUAUUGUACGGGUAGUGAUAUUUUGAGAGAUAAGACUGAUUUCUUUAUUGAAAAUAUGUAUUAUGUUUCGGUAUAGAAGGCUUUGAGAGAUUUAUGUGUUGGAAUGGAAUAUAUUAAACAUGCAUGCAUUACGA